AUGUCGCAUCUAUCAGAAACAAAAAUAAGUACUAUCAACUCUGGAAACUCCAUUGAGCCAUCUACUCAAGAUAAGGUAAUACCUACAGUAUCGACUCCAACAAUGAAAAGAAGUGUUUCAGGUGAAAUUGAAACGCAUUCAAAAAAAAGAAUGGUUCAUCAUGAAACUUCAAACCAAAAAGGUCGAUUUAUUGCAACAGUGCCACCACCAGUGACAUGUGCCAGUACAGCUACAAUGGUUGUCUCAAACAACACGAGCAGUAAUGCAAUACCAGAGAUAUCCGAUGAAGAAUUACUUGAAAUGGCAUUGAUGUUCGAAAAACAACAACAACAAUAA